GCUACAAGACUCCCAUCAUUCAAGAGCCACUCUAGAAAUAUCACUUUUCCGAUCGAGAGGCUUCGUGGUUUUUUAAGGACAGGACGUAUAUUUCGGAUAAUAGUUAUGUUUCGGAUGGAUAGUGGUUGUAUGAUAUAGAGCCCUGUGCCAUUUCUGUCAUAUUUAUCAUUGGUAUCGAUCCAUAUCGCGAUGUGAUAACGGAGACAAAUAGUGAAUUGUAAAAAUCAUAAUCACGGGAAAUUCGUCCAUGUAAAUAUUUAAGCAAAAAGGAAUAUUUCCAUAAAACAUUUUAUUCACGUGCCGCGUGAAACCGGAUGUUCUACACAUGAAAAUCGGUGAAUUAUGACACAGUGCGUGUUUGUGAAAAUCACAAAAUGUCAUGUCGGAUGUCACAUAUUGUAAAUCAGAGGGAUACGAGCACAGUGCCUAUUGUUUGAACUCGUCCCCGAUCGAUGAAAAAACCUCCAGGGACAGUCGUACGGAGAAUUGUCAUUGUUUAUUGCUGAAUGGAAAAUUAAUAGUACAGAGAGAAAUCUGUGCACUAAAUAAUGAGUUAAACAAUCGGAUCGACUUUGAUGGAUAACGAAACGUCUACUUUUAUGUGACGAAGUAACGAACACUGUUCCUUGGGAAUCGGAGAAAAAAGACAGACAAAGGCAUUAAACAGCGGGGAGUGAACAGGACACGCGGCCUUUUCCUUGGCGGAGAUUGUAUGGAAAUGGGAGAGAUGGUAAACAGAUAACUGAAAUUGGAAAGUCGCAUCUCUAGUUAAACUCGGGUCCCUUGAGUUCCCUAGAUAGUUCUCAUCUUCAUACAUGGCUGAGGAAAAAUGAACCCUAGCUAGUCUAUAGCGCUGGAAAAAAACAUUAGCCGAGGGAUUAAGGGAGCGAGAAAUACGACGAUAACAAGAGAACUGGGGAGAUGAAAAUUGCCUGUGUAUUCUCUGGAUAUUUUGUGAUUUUCAUUUAAUUCUGAGAUAUUUAUGUGUAUUAAGUCCGCAUAUGUCAGGGAAGUUAAUUGGAUGUGUAUCGCUGCGUCUUCGUCACCGAUCUGCCAAUACGUGGAGAUAGUUGCGUGAACAAAUGGAUUAAAGUACACUCAAUGGAAAUCUGUCUUCCAGAAUCAACACAAUCAUGUAACGUCAAAGCAUUAUGUUGGAAUGGCUAGUAGAGUAUCGGAAAAUCAUUCCAUGUUUCUGUUUGCACAAAAUGCCACCUUGAGUUUUGGAGUUUAUGAGAAAAAAAUUGGAUAUAAAGUUGUUCAUGAAAUGUGAACCGUGUGUUCUGUGAUGGAGGAUUUGAAAUAAUCUGACUUAAUCUUAAGUAUUAAAUUGAUGGCCACAUUGAAUAGAGUGCGGCUAAAAAUAGCACGAGUGACCGGAAGAGCAGGCGGUGCAUGCGCCUACAAGUCACAUGAUAACCACGUGGUCCCGAUAUGAAGAAACAAAACACUCGGACUUUAUCCUUAAUUGUCUGCACAUUCACGUACCUCUUGGUCGGAGCGGCUGUAUUUGACGCACUCGAAUCUGAAACUGAGCGAGAGAAGAGCAGAGACUACAGUUCUCAAGAGCAUAUCAUUCGGUCUAGAUAUAACAUGACAGAUAACGAUUUUAACCUGCUACGAAGAAAUAUCAUAUUAUCAGUCCCAUACAAAGCCGGAACACAGUGGAAGUUUGCUGGCGCUUUUUAUUUUGCUUUAACUGUGAUAACAACAAUAGGUUACGGCCACAGUACACCUCAGACAGACGGAGGGAAGAUAUUCUGCAUGUUGUAUGCGCUAAUCGGAAUACCAUUGUGUAUCGUCAUGUUCCAAAGCGUGGGCGAGCGUCUCAACACAUUCGUGACAUUUCUAAUGAAGCAGGGAAAGAAAUGCAUACGGAUGAAAAAGACAGAAGUCAGCCAAACGAACCUUAUUAUAGUGACCAUGAGUCUCAGUAUGAUAGUGUUAACUUCCGGGUCAGCUGCGUUCGUGCACUACGAGGGGUGGGAUUAUAUAGACUCCUUGUAUUACUGCUUCAUUACAUUGACAACUAUAGGCUUCGGUGACCUGGUCGCGUUGCAAAGGGACAACGCCCUAGAGACUAAGCCGUACUACGUAGCAUUUAGCAUAAUCUUUAUUCUGUUUGGUCUAACGGUGAUAUCUGCUGCAAUGAAUUUGUUAGUGCUAAGGUUUUUAACAAUGAACACCGCUGAUGAGCGCCGGGAUGAACUCGAAGCUGCGGCGGCCGCUCAGACCGCUGUGAGACUUGAUGGUGACGUCAUCACCGGAAAUGGCGUCGUUGUUUCCCAGGCGAUGGAAAGUCCGGAGUACAAUGACCAUAUUUCCGUUUGUUCGUGCUCUUGUUAUAAAAUCCGCUCAAAAGAUAAACACAGAUACAAAGUAACGCGGUCGCCAACCAAAAUAAACCAUUUAUUGCAAAUGAACAACAUUACCAGAGAAAAGGAAGAUGUUUAUUCCUUCAUAGACGAAAACAACUCUUCGAACUAUCAAUAUCUCAAUAAAAAGCGAGCGUCAGUGUGAUUUGUAAAGAUAAGUGUCAAAAGUGUAAUGAUAAGAAUGUAAACAUUUGUUGGAAAGGUUUUCCAAUACGUGGGUUGGUAUAUUUUGUGUGAUGUAACUGUCCAGUUAAUGCUCAAGCGCAGAAAAAACACUUCAACAAGUGUUGGUCAUUUAAUACGCUGUGAAGUUAGCCUUCUCCUAUACACCAUCACCUCAACACGUCCAGACAUAUUCAACGUCAUUGCUGAAUGACCGUCACUGCUGAGUAGUGAAAACGUUAUAUCACUUUAGUGACAUGUAGCUCAUUUAGUUGUGAACCAGUAGCAUGCGUUUAAACCAUUCGGAACUCCUCGGCCAUUUUUUUCAAAAACAACCUCGGAUGUAUGCAGGUACAUCAGUUGAAGUAUUUCGUACAAUUUUGAAUUAUAUCAUUAAUUAAAUGUAGUGUUUUAGAGUUGUAUUUAUUGAUCUAAGUUUAAAUUGAUUGCCAUUGAAUUGUAUUAUUGCAAACAUAUUUAAGAAUCCCAAAGGUAAUGUCACAAAGUUUAACUGCUAAAUAAAAUUACUUCGCGAUCUACUUGCAGCGGACUUAAACGUACCACUUUUUGAGUAUGUAAACCGUCCAAAUACAUCCGAGGUUGUUUUCGAUAAAAUGGCCGAGGAGCUCCGAAUGGUGUUUAAACCAGCUUUAUCUUUAUAAUCAAAAGUUUCAACGGGCUAUAUUCGGGCCUUCUUGAACGUUUUCCUUCUCCAUAAAUGUAUAACAUACCAUAUUUACUCUGUGAUAUUCGACUUAGUUCGUGAACUAUAUAGACUCUGACACUAAUACGAUUUGAAAAAUAUACUGUAUACUGUAUACUGUUUGUCAGACUGAGGAGCCAUGUUUUAUUUCGAAAUAAUUCACUUAUUAUAAAACAUAUUUUUAACUCGGCGCAUUUUUGUUUUGUUUCUGAAACUACUGUAAAUUUAAAUUUUGAAAAUUCGACAUUUAAGCUAAACGUUCCUUUGAGAAAUAUUAUGAGAACGUACAAAAAUAUAUCUUGAAUGAAUGUUGAAAGAAAAUGAAAAUGAAAGAAAUAACUUAUUGUUAAAUAUCCUAGCUAAGAUAUCCUAUAACGUCUGUCAGCUUUGAAUAAAUAUUUUUAUUAUUCUUUUUAUUAUUCAAAAUUCAGACGGGAUUUAUAAUAGGAGAACUCCCAUGAGAAUAAUUUUGUUUUUGAAACCUCUGCAUUUGACUCAAAACCAGUAUUGUCAUAAGAUGCACGAACAGAUUAAACACAUUGCCAUGUGUGAAGUAACAUGUUAAACACGUUUUUCCUUCAAAAACCUUGAUGAAAACACACAAUUAUGAGGUUCAAACUAUUUUUUCAUUUGAAUUUAAAAGUAAAUAUGAUAAACGUUUUGAACUUUGUCAGAGGGAAGCAGAUUUAUAUGUAUUGAAGAUAUCAAAAUAUAUUUUGUGUAAGAAGCGCUUUCAUAUCUACUAUAUAUACAUAAUAUGUCCGAUAUCCAUACCACUGUCGAGGCAGUGGGUGCAUUUCUUAAGAUUUAGUAAGUAACGGAAGUCAACUAUAUUUCAUAGCUGUUUAAUUUUCGUUUAAAAUAUUGCAUGAUUUAAACGUUAAAUAAGGAAACCGAACUAAAUCUGUAUCACACACUGUUUUCUGAUAACAUAGUAGCGUAUUGCGCAUGCGCCGAUCUACUUCCGUAUUACUACGCGAAAGAAAUAGGCAUAUAUCGUGAAUUUAAAUUUGUGUUGGUGUUUGGGAUUGUAUCACUUCUCGUUGAUUGCGUAAAAAUACAUCUCACUCGACCUUUGUUUUCGUGCGGUUUGGAUGUAAUGCAAACACUCAGAAGUGAUACAACCACACAGAUCUGACGAACUAUUCUCAGCGGCAGAGGAAAAUCGAAUGUUACCUGGAGGCAACCACAUAAUACAGCUCAUGGAAAUGCUUUCGAUCUGAAUUCAAAUAUGCUCUGUUGAAGAGAAUGAAAAUAAGUCACAUUUCCUUUAUAACAUCAAAGAAAGUUAGAUUAAGAUUGAACGGAUUGAAAUGUAUACACCUAGUGUUCGUAAUACGAAUGCAGUCAGAAAAAUCGGGGGGGGGGGGAAAAAUGAAUACCGUGAUUGAGGCAAAAUAAUGAAUUGUGACAUACGCAACAAAAUAUUUUUGAAUUUAGAAUCGGCUUAUGAAGAGGUUUCGCAUAGCUUCAUGUUUAUAAACUUGUAUAUGCAGCCUUGUGUUUCAUCUAAAUCAUCAAUCGUGUACACGUUUUCAUAUAUUUUGCGCUUAAAACAAUCCAGGGGAAGCACUCGGGCGUUAUAAACUUCACGUUGUAAUUUCCCUUCAUAACAACAUUUGCGUCACAAUGAAGAAUUGAAUUUUCCCAAUGCAUUGUGUAGUUUAUAUAGAAACGGAUUUAAUAAAGGAAUGAAUGCGGGGCUGAUGUCAUUUUAGGGCAAUGAACGUAGUUGGUCUUGUAAAAGUGUGUGGAUGACUCCAUGCGUACUUUAACUUGCCCAACUGCGUUCAUAUCCCCGAUAAUGACACCAUUCACGCAUCUCAUUUCUAGUUUUUACACCAAAAGUUCAUUAUUUCUUUCCAGAAUUGUUAAAAUAAAACCUUUCAGUAAUUCUUUCUCGCCCCUUCUGUAAAUAGAACGACCCGACCGAAGCCGGAAAUAUUUUAUCGUAUUUUAUCAUAUUACUUCACAAUAACGCUGGAAAAAUAAUCACGUCAAAUCACUUUUAAACGUAAAAUUAAAACACUUAUGACAACAAUACAUUUUACAUAUCAUUGAAUGAACACUUUUUAACAUGUUGAUAUAAGUUUUUCGUGGCCUGCUGCAACAAUACAAACAAUAUAAUGAUAAACAAUUUUCAAUUUACAAUUAUGUUAAUUCGCGUUGAUUCGUGAUCCGAACUUAUCCAAAGAGUUUGCAUUCAAAAUUAUCGCAAUUGCCGAAAGGCAGUUCAUUUAAGGAAUGAAAGUUUAGGUGUAAAUAUUACCUUUUCAAAGCAUGUUUAUCUUGAUGACGGUAAAGAAAAAGAGUAUAAACACGUGGUUAGUACUGUACACUGCAAUGACUGAAACCUAUCUUCUGGCAAAAUGCUUGUGUGCAUAUUAUCCCUACACAGUUAAACUCUUGAGUGUCAGUAAAGGUCGUGGUUUACAUGAUCAAUAUUACUAUAUCAUUUAUUAUAUCUCCCUUCGACUUGUCCUCAGUUAAUUGAUGGUUGGUAGUUUCAACACGUCUUUUAUUAUCUUACACUAAAAUGCCAUAAUAAUUUUUAAACAGAUUAAAGAUAUGAUCGUUUUGUUAAUAACUGAGCCGUUUUCACUAAAACACAACUAAUUAAAUAACAUAUGUAUACAUGUGUCUAUCAGCUGUGCGUAGCCAUAAUAACAGUUCGUACUAAGUCCAAAUAUGGGUGGAAACAAAUAACAUAUUCUUAACAUUGUAAAAUUGAGCGCCGCUAUACCACCAUAACUCUAUGAUGAAGGAAGGUCGUUAGGAACAAAGUAUCGUCUAGUCUGCUUAAAGUAUUACCAAUACUAUAUAAAUUAUAAUUAUACAGGUUUUGUAUCAGCAUAAAACAGUUAUUUUCAAUAUCCUUCAAACUGUUAGAAUGCAUUGUUACAAACACGAUGAUUUAAAUUAGGACAAGUCAAAGGGAGAUAACUUUAGACACCAUGACCAGAAUGUAAGCAAUUGUAUCAAUAUUCUGAAUAAUAAGGUAAUUAUUAAAAAAGCCUUAAAGCUCUUCUGCCGAGAUCAAAGUCUGGACAAUAAUUACGCGAAAUGUCAAGGGUCGAUUUAUUGUAGAAAUUCCGGGUUUGAUUUUAUACAGAACCCGUUUUCUAUAUUCUUACAUAACUUACUGUAUUACAAAACUUACUGUAUUACAGAACUUACUGUACUACAAAACUUACUGUAUUACAGAACUUACUGUAUUACAAAACUUACUGUAUUACAUAACUUACUGUAUUACAAAACUUACUGUAUUACAUAACUUACUGUAUUACAAAACUAACGGUAUUACAGAACAUACUGUUUUACAGAACUUACUGUAUUGCAAAACUUACUGGGAGUGUUGUUAAAACUUUUCUUAUCAUGAAAGACUUCACGAAAUAUAAGUAGCAUUCUGCGUCUGAACUUGCUUCUACUAACUUUUCGCAAAUAUUGAGAAUCAGAAACACCUGUCUAAUUGAGCAUCGGAGUUUAGGGGUAAAAGAUAAAACAACCAUAUACAUAGGUAAAUUAAAUCAAGUUCCAAUUUCUCCUAAACAUGUCUGAUUUUAAGAAAUUUUGUAAGCUCAAAUUUCAUAUAAAAUGUAAAACUGAUAUUUCCGUUAAUGAGGUGUGUGGUAUCAGACAUGUCUGAAUAUUCGAUCAAUCACACAGGCGAUAUGACAUACUAUAUCAGAUAUAUUUCUUAAUAAUUGAUCCAUUAGUUUAUAAAAAUAUCACUACCGUUAUGACGUUUUAUUAUACGCAUGGCGGCGGUUUUCGAUGUUUAUCAGUGAUAUCAAAACGAGAGUUCACUGUUUCAAACAGUGAGACAACAUUUUGAUAUUUUUCUCUGAUAUACGCGCAUAAGGUCGGGAUUCAAAUUCAACGACGUCAUUGCUAAAAUGACGUGACGUUUUCAUACAAUUUGGCGCGCUUUUUUGAAAGCAAUAAUUAGCUGUCAUUUAAAAGCUAUUAUAGGCAUAUAAUACACAGAUUUUGUUUUCUUUUCAGUGUAAGAUCGCAAUAUAUUUAAUCCUGUAAAGACCAACAGUAUAAUUUUCACUCGUGGCUAUGCAGCUCGUGAAAUAUACCUUUUGGUGCUCGGUGAAAUAUAUUUUGAUCUUACACUGAAUGUAUGUAUAGCAUAUGGCUAUGACGCUAUUCAUCAGAAAUAUCACUGUCGAUACGAAGUUGUAUAUCAGAAAUUUAACUGAUGUUAUAAAGUUGUAUAUCAGAAAUAUCAGUGACGUUAUGACGUUAUAGAUGAAAAUAUCACAGACGUUAUGAAGUUGUACAUCAGAACUAUCACUGAAGUCAUGACGUUCUACAUUAGAAAUAUCUCUGUUGUUAUGAAGAUUUAGGUAAGAAAUAUCUCUGACGCUAAUAAGUUGUAUUGCAGAAAUAUCACUGGGUUUAUGACUUUGAACAUCAGAAAUAUCUACAAUCUAAAGGCACGAUUGGUUUGUCUGAUAUAUCAUGCGAUGCAGCAUAGUUAUCCUAACUGUUCAAGUGUUUCUAAAAUUCAAAGACCAUUAAUGUUGUUUAGCUUAAGGUACCCAUUUGUAUCUGAAACGGAGCCUCUUUUAUCGCUUUAUCGAUCUAUUUAGAAAUAUGUGUACUUAAACAGAAUGCUUUACUUAAGUGAUCAUUACCAAUUAUAUGAGGAGGGGGUGCAGAAAUACGAACUUUGUCUCAAACAGCGUUAUCCCUUCGAUGUUAAAGUGAUUUUUAUCUCAACUAUUCGAUAUUGAUACAAAGAGGUACUUCCUUCAAAAUUAAAUCAACUUUUAAACAUGCUAUUUUUGGUGUUAUUUCAGAACUGGUAUGCUUUUGUACGCACAGUUUCUUAGGCCGCUAGUAUUUGUUUGCUAAACCGAUCGCUUUCGCUAAACUUGCAUCAGGUUUUAAAAAUUAAACGGUAGUGCGUCACUAGGUAAACUGUUUUGAAAGGAACCAUAUCCUUUAAAAACAGAAGCCCUAAGACAUGUACAAAAGCUUGUGUUCUUUUAUUUUCCCUAACUUAAAUGCGAUGUGUAUGUCAAAUAUAUGUCCAAACCACGUGUUUUGUAUCUCUACCUUAUCAUAUAAAAAUGUAACGUGUGAUUUGAUUGGCUGUUGAAAGUUAUCCUGCCCAAUCCAUUCCGUCUAACGAUUCCAGUUGCGUACUAUAUGUCCAUUAUAUUUGUAUCCAGGACUGUUUUUGUACAUAAUAUUUUAUAUAUUUAUUAUUUGUAUGUUCAAAUUGUACUUGCCAAUACAGUGUGCAUGUGUAUGAACGUGAUAAAGGGUCUAUAAUAAAUCGUUGUUUUAUUUUGCAUCGUUAUGACGUUUUAUUUCAUCAUGGUUUAUAUUUUGUACAAUAACUUGUACAUAUAAAUGUAUUAUAGUAAAUAAAUGCACAUGAACUAUUGA